AUGCCGUACCUGGACCGGCAGAACCGUAUCUGCGGCUUCCUGGACAUCGAAGAGAAUGAGACCUGUGGCAAGUUCCUGCGGAGGUACUUCAUCCUGGACACCCAGGCCAACUGCCUCCUGUGGUACAUGGACAACCCCCAGAACCUGGCCAUCGGCGCGGGAGCUGUCGGCUCUCUGCAGCUCACCUACAUCUCCAAGGUCAGCGUCGCCACCCCGAAACAGAAGCCCAAAACCCCGUUCUGCUUCGUUAUCAACGCCUUAUCUCAGCGCUACUUCCUACAAGCCAGUGACCAGAAGGACCUGCAGGACUGGGUGGAGGCACUGAACCGGGCCAGUAAGAUCACGGUGCCGAAGGGCGGCAGCGUCCCGCUGGCCACAGAGAUCACGAAGCCUCCGGUGGUGCCCCAGGCGCAGGAGAGGAAGCCGCAGGUCGCCUACAAAACUGAGAUCAUCGGGGGGGUGGUGGUCCACACACCCAUCUCCAUCAACCAGAACGGGGGGGACGCAGGGGACAGCAGCGACGUG